AAAGGAGAAAGAAAUACAAAGCUUCAGCGGCGUCGUUUCUAGGUUUGAACGAUAAUCGAAAUCUGUCCACUUCUUUGAUUCUCUCUCAUCCUCGCCGCUCAUCUCUCUCCUCAGCCACCGUGAAACGCUGUCCGCUGUCACAGAUACUCCGGAUUGCUAAAUUGUGUAAGCUCCAUAUAUUGAUUGAUGCUUGAAAUAUUAUGAAUUACCCGGAUUCCGAUAGCAGUGGAACAGAUGAUGACAUCCCCCCUUCACACCAAAACAGAUAUUCAAAUGUUGGUCGAGCUUCUGCUAAUGGUAGAUCAGCAGUUGUAGGAGUUGCUUCAUUAGGAUCUGCUCCAUUUCCUCCUACUCAUAGUGAUAUGGAGGCACAGAUUCACCAGAUUGAGCAAGAAGCCUAUAGUUCAGUUCUUCGUGCAUUUAAAGCUCAAUCAGAUGCUAUUACAUGGGAGAAAGAAAGUUUAAUUACAGAACUCCGAAAAGAGCUGAGAGUAUCAGACGAGGAACACAGAGAGCUUUUGUCAAGGGUCAAUGCUGAUGACAUGAUUUGGAGAAUAAGGGAGUGGAGGGCAAAUGGACUCCAAAGUAGCAUGCGCAGUAGUGGACCUGCUCGUGAUCCUUUGCCAAGUCCUACCGUUUCAGCGUCACGUAAGAAACAGAAAGCAUCCCAUUCUGUUGCUCCCUUACCAAUGGGAGCACCAUCUCCCGCACUUCAUCCUUCAAUGCAGCCAUCUUCGUCCGCUAUAAGACGAGGCCCUGUCCCAGGAGUGAGGGGAAAGAAACCCAAAACAUAUAGUACUACCAGUUUUAAUGGCAGGGGUCCUGUUCAUGUAUCUGGUCAAGGGUCUGCCUUUGGAGCUAUUGAAACUGCUGAGGUAGGGAACCCUGAUCCAUUAGUUGGAAAGAAAGUUUGGACUAGAUGGCCUGAAGACAACAGUUUUUACGAGGCUGUUAUAACCGAGUAUGAUCAUGUUGAGGGUCGUCAUGCUCUUGUUUAUGAUAUCAACACGGCAGAUGAAACCUGGGAAUGGGUUAAUCUUAAAGAGAUCUCUCCUGAAGACUUAAGGUGGGAAGGGGAAGAUCCUGGAAUUGCUCAUAGAGGUGGUCGUUCUGGACCAGGUCGUGGAUUUAAAAACUCUAUAUCUCGUGGUGGCUCUUUUGCUGGCGGAAGAGGUAGAGGGAUGGUAAGGAAUCAGUCCAAGAGAAGUUUCCCUCCGCAAAAUGGUAUCAUUAAGAAAACACUAGGUGACAUUGAAAUACUUGACACUGACAUUUUGGUUAAAGAGGUGGAGAAAGUAUUUGGUGCAAGCCAUCUAGAUUCUAUGGAGAUUGAGAAAGCAAAGAAUGUACUCAAGGAGCAUGAACAAGCGCUUAUUAAUGCGAUUGCUAGAUUGGAAGAUGCAUCAGACGGCGAGAGUGAUAGGAGAGAGCCUCAUUUCUCCAAUGAUCAAGAAAAGGGGAUGACAGAAACGACAUUAUAAUUAAAGCGGCUGUUUAGAAGGUGGCUGCGUAGAAGGUAGAAUAGCUGAAGUUUGAGUUGGUGUCAGGGUGUCACAUAAACAAGAAAGCUAAUUGCAUCCAACAAGUUGGAUGAAGUGACAUGUAAUAUUUGUAGGUGUUAGAAGGAACAAUACUUUGGCUUUGAUGUAAUGUACCUUAGCAAAUUUAUGAUUAGCUAUGAUACACUUGCACUAGCGCUUUCAACUAUUGUAUCCAAUCACAUUUAGCAGGAAAACUAGUGCAAAUUUAUGUAAGAAUGAUAAACUUUGGUUAUCUAAAGCUAUUUAUUUAAUUUAA